UAGCAAGGUCCACCACCAUCCAGUUUUCCCUGACGCGGCGACUUGAAAGGCUCGUGGUUUGGAGAGAUUACCUCGUGUUGAGGGGGCGCAUGAGAUGAGAUGAGAGAAGCGUCCGUUCAUUCACUAGCAGAUCCCCUGAACGCUGCGCAACCUGCUGAAGUUUGAACAAAAUACAUUAUACAAAAAGGCCUAAAGCGUGGACAAAAAAGGACUAUUUUGCAUAAAGUUUGGACUCACUGUUACACUACUACAGGAAAGUUUUCUUUUCCAGGAAUAUAUUUGGAUUUAGAUAUGAAUAAAAUUCACGCGCGAUGAAGUCAAAGGAUAAAUGAUAUUUUAAUAAAAAAAAAAAAAAAAUAUGAAAAAAUUUCACAGCAAUGACCAUCUUGACCAAAGUUUUGUGGGUUUGAGCACUUUGUAACGGUUAUUUGUUGUGGACUAUCACAUCUCGCGCGUGUAUUAAUGGACUAGAAGCGAACUCAUUUGAUAUAAUGAGUCUGAUAUAACAGACUGUGAAGACUUCAUCACUGGUGAGAUUUGUCUCCAGAAAGGCAUGUUCCCUGGCUCCACGCCGGUUGGAGCAUCUCUGAGGCUCCGGUCGGGAAGGUUUUGCCUGCGCUGGGACACUUUUGGACCAUAGAGGAGAUGAGAACCGCGCGGAUCCACUUUCUCUUCUGCUGCUUCUCCCUGCUUUCAGCAGCCUUUGAUGAAGCGCCGAUUCCCAAAGAGCUGAUCGAGCGACUCUCCAACAGCGAGAUCCGCAGCAUCAGCGACCUCCAGCGGAUCCUGGAGAUUGACUUCGUAGAGAAUGAGGUGUUGGAGGAAGUCAAACAAGGCCACCAUAAGGAGCAUCUCUAUGACAACAGACACUUCAAGAACUCACACGUACCCUCUAGACGCAAAAGAAGCAUUGAGGAGGCAGUGCCAGCCGUUUGUAAGACUCGCACAAUGAUCUACGAAAUCCCACGCAGUCAGGUGGACCCCACAGCUGCCAAUUUCCUGAUCUGGCCUCCAUGUGUCGAGGUGAGACGAUGCUCAGGCUGCUGCAACACCAGCAACAUGUGUUGCCACCCCUCCAAAAAGCACCACAGGAAUGUGAAAGUGGCCAAGGUGGAGUACGUACGCAGGAGACCAAAGCUCCGGGAGGUGCAGGUGCAGCUGGAGGAUCAUCUCGAAUGUGUGUGCACGUCCAAACAUCACACAGAGUCCUGCAUACACACAGCAGAUAUAAGGUGAGUGUGGCACUCGAUAAAAAGCAAUCAGAGGAGGGGAGUGGCAGCCAUUGCAUCCAAUCAGAUAACUGGGACUGCACAACAGCCAGUGAGCGAUAUCAUCUGGAAAGAUGUGGCAGGCACAAGCUGUUCAACCCUGAAUUAAUCAGGGAGGCCUUUUUGGAUCACUUUGGACUUUUGAUGCACCUUUUAGAAGAGACCCAGACAGACUUUGACUUUGGACUAAAAAUCAAAGGAACUAGACUGCAGUAACAGAGACUCACAGAGCCUGGACAUGAACUUUCGUAGAUGUCGAAAUUCCGACAUCCGUUUCUAGAACCUUUUAAAGGAGCAUCUAUUAUGACUGUAUUUGUAUAUCAAAAUUUAUUUUCUCUAGCAAAUAUCUGUAUCAUCUUAUUUUUGUAACUGCUGAUUUUCUAUCAACACUGAUUUUCUCUUGUAUAUGCCGUAGAAUGAACAAGUACAACAAAACACAAACUACAGUAACUAAUACUAAUAAAGAGCAUACACUGAGUAUACAUUUUACUGAGUUUGUUUGACAGACUGUGCCAAAGAUAUUGAUUAUGGUUUGUGAUAUAUGUGCAAUCUAAUGGUGACAAUGAAAGACAACUAUAAAUGAAAGCUCAUUACUCUGUGUUCUAACCAGGAGCGAUGUGAUAAAGCGAUAAGCAAUUAUCUCUAUCAUGUUAAUCUAAAUUUCUGUCCUAACUACCUGUGACUGUGACAGGCGACAAGAUAUUUUUGUUGGUUUGGUUUCUAUUUAGGUUGUGCUGGGUAGCCCCACCCACAAUUAA